AUGUUUCGACUGCUUCCCUGGUCCUCUGCAGUCGGGGGAAACAAGGUGACGGCCGAGGAGCUCAAGAUGCUCGCCGCCUCGUCUCACUGCGCCGCCCCAGGCGUCAACGCUCUAUCCCUGCCCCAGUUGAAGCGCAAACGCUCGGAUUCCAGCGACCCCAUCCCCGGUCAAGAUGCUCCGGUCGCGACCAAGUUGCGCGCUGACGAUGCGCCCGGUCAUCCCGUCGCCUCGACGCAGAAGCCGGAGCCCAUGGGCGACCGUCUCUCCGGUCCGACGUCCACUUCGUCUGACACGUCGCAUCACUCAAAUCCAGCUUCCGAUCGUUCAACUCCCGCCGCCGGCGGCGAUGCCGCCUCGCGCAAAGUAGACGUCGGCCGCUUGCGCGAGACGAUCGAGGCGCAGCUAAGUCUGGAGGUCUUGCUCAAGCACAACGAGCUGCGCUUGAUCGACCAGGAGAUCGCUAAAUGUCAAGUCGCGUUGGAACAGCUGCGGCGAUGCGCCGAAAUCCCCUAUCCAGCCUCACAUCCCGCCGGACUUGCGCCUUCCGUCAGCGCCGGGACGGGGAUGGCGGUGCUUGCUCCUGGAAAUGGGCCUGCGCCGCUCUCUCCAGCUCCGUGGGGAGUCGCCGACGGUCCCUACACGCGACACUACGCGCGAUGGUUGCUUCCUGACCCUCGCUUCGACGGUGGCGAGGUUGAGCCCGGGACCCCUACGGCGAUCGGAGCCGUGGGGACGCCCACGGCGGAAGGCCGCUCGACGCGUGGGAGCGCGGGCGACGCCGGCUUCCUGGCUGGGAAAUCUCGCUCCCAACGAGCAUCCGCUGGCAGUACCCGGCUGCAAUCUUUACCCAACGGCUACCCGGCCCCGAAAGAAAAAGCCGGCCCCAUGAUCAUCCGGCGAAAGUCGGAUGGCGUCAUGGUCAAGCUGAUCUGUCUGGACUGUCGGCGGGACAACUUCUCCAGCACCCAAGGCUUCAUCAACCACUGCCGCAUCGCCCAUAGUCGGAACUUUGCCAGUCACGAUGCCGCUGCCGUCGCAUCCGGGGAACCGGUGGAAGUCGACGAGGCGGGUGCGAUCGUGGGAGGCAAGAAUGAACCCCCCAGCACCACCACGGCUGGGUACGUUCACCCGUUGAUCCGGUCAGCCCACGUUAUCGAGCCGUCUUCCAAGACGCCCUCGUCCGGGUCAGAAGCCCCCGGCAGCGACGCCGCGACGCCCCGGAAGCCAUCGGAUUCCGGCCGGCAAGGAUCGUCUGCGGUGGAAACACCCCGGGCAUCGGCUCGCCCGUUGCUCGGCAAGCAGACCACGCCUGCCACGGCGAACGCGUCGAACGUCUCCUUCAUGGCCUCCCCCGACACCCCCCAUCUCUCAUCUUUGAUGCAAAUGCGGGGAGUUGGUCUGGACCUUGAUCGGUUAGUUGGGGAUGCGAAGACCACGGUCGAUCUCGAUGCCUAUUCUUCGGACGAGGGCGAAUCCGAAGCGGAACCGGAACAGCCGUUAGUCGACGAAGCCCCGGAUCAGCAGAACUCUCGCGUGGGCCGGCAGCCCAUGCGCACGACCGCCUCGCAGGCGACGUCGCGGCGGCCCGGCAGCCGCAAGGGAGUAGAGAAGACGAGUCACCGACCUUUCCCCAUUGAAACUUUAACGCCGACGCGACCCGCCCCCUAUCAGUCGCCUUACGGCCCAACCACCUCCUCGCGGCCCUCUCAGCUACUUGACCUUCGCGAAGUGGACGGGAUAGAUCGCGCCCCGAAUCUGAGCCCGAACACCAUGGAGUCCAAUCAGGCUCCGAGUCUGGUGAGCGACGACGAGGACGACUACGAGGAAGCCUCCGAUUCGGAGAGCCCGGGUCCUAGCUCGUCCGAGGCCGGGGAUCACGAGGAGGAUUUCAGUCACAUCAACGUCGAGGGUGACGAAGACAGUCCGGCUUCUUCCACGGCCACCGAUCCUAAGACCGCUCCCAGUAUGGGCGGCGCGGCGGCUCAUCCCUCCGCGUCGUUGUCGAAGUCUCUUCGGCGCGGCAACGCAAGGACGAAGGAGCAAGUCAUCUCCUCUUCCGUCGUACCUUUGAAUCGGGACAAGGAUGAGAGGCGAGUCAGCUUUGUCAGUCCCGACACGAGUCCGGAAAAAGAUCAAAAAGACCCCAAGCGCAAGCCUAGCCGGGGACCAUAA